AUGUUGCGCGUUACUUAUGGUGUUGCCGCUGCAUCCUACUUAGCCGUUAAAUCGCUGCAACAAACCGCAAAAUAUUCGUCACACAUUUGUGAGAAGGCUGCUGCCGUCAUUCAUAAGGACUUUUACAUGGAUGAUCUCCUCACUGGUGCGUCUUCUAAAGAAGAGCUGCUAUGUUUACAACGAAACGUCUCCGAAAUACUGAAGGAAGGGGGCUUCGAACUUCGAAAAUUGGCGUCUAAUUGUGCGGAACUUUCUGAAAAUGUUUCGAAUGCAUCGGAAAAUAUAUCACACUACCUAGUCGAUAGUAAAGAUGUCCAUGCCUUGGGCCUGAUAUGGAAUACAGAGGAGGACUACUUCACAUUCUCAGUUACUCUGAAUCAACCACCCACUAUUUUAACAAAGAGAACAUUCUUGUCUGAUGCUAGCACGCUUUUCGACCCACUGGGUCUGCUCGCUCCAGCGACCAUAAGGUCAAAGCUGUGGUUUCAGGAGAUCUGGCGUAUGAGUGUCGGUUGGGAUGACGUUAUUCCAGACUGCAUCGCAGCACAGUGGCGACAACAUCGCUCGGAAUUACUACUGCUAUCGAGUUUGAAGAUAAGUCGCUGGUCAGGUGAGUCGUUCACUGAGCUACAUAUUUUCGCUGACGCUUCCGAACGCGCUUACGCUGCCGUAAUGUACGCGCGCACAUUACACAACGACGGCAGUAUUACUGUUGCGCUGAUCUCGUCGAAGACUAAGGUAGCACCACUUAAAACAACAACCUUGCCACGAUUAGAAUUGUGCGCUGCACAUCUUGCUGCUAAAUUGGCGCGAAGCGUGUUACAUAGCUGGGGUUAUCUCCGUUAUCCGAUCUAUGCUUGGACUGACUCAACUAUUACAUUGGCAUGGCUUCAGGCGCAUCCUAGUAAGUGGAUAACUUUCGUUGCCAAUCGCGUUGCUGACAUCCAAGAAGUUUUACCGCCUGAAUGUUGGAACCAUAUCCGCUCUGAACUGAUUCCAGCAGAUUGCGCCCCGUCUGAACUACUGCAUCAAAAACUAUGGUGGUCUGGUCCUGAAUUCUUAAAAGGUCCUGACCAUUUCUGGAAGCUAUCACCUUCGCAACACACAACUCAGUUGGGCGUUCGUAGCAAGGUCGUCGCCAUGCUACGAGCUCAGAUGACCACUGGCCGGCAUUGA